UAAGGACGGAAGAAGUGUAAAUUAUUACUGAGUCACGGAUUUGCAGUACUGCUACACUACCCAGAAAUUACCCACUUACUUUCUUUUGUUGUUUAUAACUUCCAAAAACCAACUCCAACCUUUUCGUCUUUUGUUUUCUUCUCCAAAAACUCAUCCAUUCCAUUACAUUUCAAUCUUCUUCAUUCCUCUUUUUUAAGCAACCCCCUCCUUUAAAUCUUUAAUCAAACAUUCAUUUAUUUAUUCAUUUCUUAUAUUAUACACUACCCUUGUCAAUUCAUAUUACUACGUAUUAUUAUUAUUAUUAUAAAAGAAUUUCUUCGCUGUUUUUCCAGUGAUGUUAUGGUGUUGUUUGCAAUCCACAACAUAACAAUCAUAGCAUAACAUCAUGACCCUUUUAUUCCGAUCCAAGUCUUGUCGACUCGGGUGCGACUCAGUUGACUCACCCCCGAGUUCCUCUGUUUGGGAAGAAGAAGGAGAAGAAACAGAGGAAGAAGAUGAGAAUUAUGAAGAUGAAUUUGACCCAAUAUCAACGCCAUUAAUAAGCCCAGGAUUUGAUAAAAAUGGUAGGAGAGAGAAUGGAAAUGGAAAUGGAAGUGGGCAGUUUCCAAUUCUUACGUUUAUGGCGGCGGCACUUAGAAAAUCAUUGUUAGUGACUUGUAGUGUUGAGAGAGAAGAUAAUGAUGUUUCUUCCUUGGAAAUUAGUUGCCCUACAAAUGUUAGACAUAUUUCUCAUGUUACUUUUGAUCGUUUUAAGGGAUUUCUGGGUUUGCCUGAUGAAUUUGAGCCUGAUAUUCUUCAAAGGGUUCCUAGUGCAAGUGCGAGUGUAUUUGGUGUGUCUCCUCAGUCAAUGCAAUGUUCUAUUGAUGAGCGAGGAAAUAGUGUACCAAAUAUACUUCUUAUGAUGCAAAAGCGCCUAUACGAGGAAGGAGGCCUUCAAGCUGAAGGAAUUUUUCGAAUUACUGCUGAAAAUAGCCAUGAAGAGAGUGUUCGGAGUCAAUUGAACAAAGGGAUAGUUCCACAGGCAAUUGAUGUUCAUUGUUUGGCAGGACUAAUAAAGGCCUGGUUUAGAGAACUGCCAAAAGGAGUACUUGAUUGUCUUACAGCAGAACAGGUAAUGCACUGCAAUACAGAAGAUCAGUGCACUCAACUUGUAAAAUUGCUUCCGCCAAUGGAAGCUGCACUCCUUGACUGGGCCAUCAAUUUGAUGGCAGACGUCGUGCAGUAUGAACAUCAUAACAAGAUGAAUGCGCGGAAUAUUGCCAUGGUCUUUGCGCCAAACAUGACUCAGAUGGCUGAUCCAUUGACAGCAUUGAUCCACGCCGUACAAGUGAUGAAUUUCCUUAAAACAUUGAUUGUGAAAACCGUCCAAUCAAGAGAAGACACUGCAGAGAAUGCAAGGAUGUUGUCAUCAUCAUGUGCUGACACCUCAAACACCCCUACCAGCAAUCCACACAAAUCUGUUUCAAUAGGAGAAAUGAUUUUUGAGAAGCAGCAAAGCAACACAACAAGUUCUUGUGAUCAAGUGCAAAGCAAAAAGUUUAUGAGAAGUGUCACUUUAGACCGACUAGAAUUCAGUCCUGAAAGAAAACAUCGAAAAUCUCAGAAUAAGAACAUUGAAGAUAAAUCAUGUGGCUCAAAUGCACGUGACAGUUCUCCUGUUAUGUCCGUGGCUGCCGAGUCUGAAGAUGAAGAUAGAGAAGUGGAAGGGAUAUUGGAAAGAUUAAACUUCAAAAAGGGGGUGAAAAAACUUUGCAGGCAUCCUGUUUUCCAGUUGAGUAAACCUACAAAAAAAACAGCUGAAGUUGGGAUUGUAAAUAGUAGAUGAGAGACAAUAAUCACUACUCAGUAUAGAGUGUGACCCUGACAGUAUAUCUUACUCUAGGAUUUGAGUGCUUUGCGUACAAAAUUCGUUAAUUUGUGGUGCUUUCUUCUAGUUUGAUCUAGUUUCAUUUUUUUGUGAGCUUGUUUCCAGUAGGAUCUAACCCAAGGGUUUUAGGUUAAUAAUCUUAGUUGAUAUUACUGUGACGUAACCUUGAUUGUUCCAUCAUACUCAUGAUUUUUAUUACAUAUUAUUAUCAAUGACUGUUUUAUCAUAAUAAUAUCCUCAAUUAUUUUUC